AUGUCGUGGAUGGACUCGUGGUCAAGGCCUUCGAAGUCGCAAGCGACGCCACCCCCCUUCUACCUCCUCCCGGGGUCCGAAUCCGUCUUAUACUGUAGAGCGUGCGGACGCGUCAUCGGUGACCGCAAGAAAGAAAAGGGUUCUGCCGCGUCCACCCCACCCAAGUACUGCGCUGCCCGGUGCAAGAAUCACAAGCGGAACGGGGCCCUCGAUGCAUACAUCGAGUCCGUCUUCGUGUCUCUGCUCGAGAGCCGCGAACUGCCUGUUCCGCCGGCGUUGCUCGGCGCGGAGAUUGUUGAGAGGAUCGCCCGUUCGGUGGCGGCUGCUGAAGCUGGAGCUGGAGCUGCCGGCAGUAAAGGAGGCGAGAAGAAGGGUGGCAGGAAGGGCCGGAAGAAAGGGGAGAAUCGGAUCCUGGUCCAGUGUGAGGAUGUGGAGCGGCUGGUCUUUGGGAAGGAUGAGGAUCCCGAGAGGAUGUUUGGGCGCGGGAAGAAUCGGAAAAGGAGGGGCGUGAUGGAGAAGGGGGAGUGGAGGAGUGUGGAUAUGGUUUCGUCGGAUGACGAGGUCGAGAGAUCCAAGAUGCAGAGUAUUGAGAGGAGGGCUGCUUUGAAAAAGGUAGAUGGGGAGGGGAGAACGGAUGACGAGGAAGAAGAAGAAGAAGAAGGUGAUGGUGAUGAUGACGAUGAAGGGGGAGGUGCCGUUAUUGCUACUAGUGAUUCAAAGGAGGAGCUGGAUCCGGAGGUCCUGGCUAGGCUUUCUAUCCGCAGCGGUGCACGCAUUCGGCCGACCCAAGAUGUGUCUGAGGUUAAUGGUGGUGUAGGCGGCGAGAAGGGAAUUAAAGAGAGGAGGGAGGAAACGGAUGAGGAUUUGCAAAAGAGGAGGGAAGGUCAGGUGAGGGCGGAUGGGAGGGAGUCUGUCAGAUGUGCUGCGAGGAGAGGGGUGGCUUUUGGCUUUGUUACUGCUAAGGGAAGUGAGGUUGGUGAUGGCGAGGGAGCGGAGGGCAGACGCCUCUGCGAGGCAGUGAGGCAGGGAAGUGUUGUUGAGGCGAGUUUUGCCAAAGGGGCAUGGGGUAUCAGAUGGAGGGAAUAG